AUGGCUCAAAUUAAAACGUAUGCUCGUCUGAAACCUACUAAGAAGCCGUACAGUGGUUAUGAGAUCAGCAGGAACAUCCUCACAGUUCAUAUCCCAGACAACAGGGACGUGCUGGUUCUGGGCUCGCACCAGGCUGUCCGCAGUAACCUCAGUUACGACAUCGUCUUCACGGACAUCUUCCGACCCGAAGCCACUCAAGAGGAUGUCUUUGAUGGCGUGGCAAAAGGCAUCAUACAGAGUUUCCUAAAUGGCUACAAUGGAACAAUAUUUGCAUAUGGGCAAACUGGAACAGGGAAAACAUAUACAGUGGAAGGGAACUCGACAAACUACAACACCAGGGGUUUGUCUACAAGAGCCCUGAGUAUGAUAUACCAGCAGCUAGAGAACCGUAUGGACGACCACAUAACGGUGUGCCUCUCCUACCUAGAGAUCUACCAGGAAGUUGCCUACGACCUACUCAAUCCUAUCUCCAGGUCAUCACUUCCUCUGGCUCCGUUUGCUAAGGUUACAGUUGUUGAAGGGCCUCGUGGUUCUUGCAUCUUUAGAGGCCUGUCACUGCAUCUUGCAGCCAACGAGGAGAUAGCCCAGAUGCUUCUACUGCAGGGCCAGGCCAAUCGCAAGGUCGCGGAGACUCCAGUAAACCAAAGGUCGUCCAGAUCGCAUGCUGUGUUUACUGUCUACCUGCAAGUUCGCAAACACGACUCUGACGUGCUCUUGAAUUCGAAGCUACACCUAGUAGAUCUGGCCGGAUCCGAGCGUGUAUCCAAAACAGGAGUGGACGGGCAGCAGCUGACUGAAGCCAAGUCGAUCAAUUUGUCAUUGCAUCAUCUUGAGACGGUCAUCAUUGCACUUCAGACAGACCGCAGCACCAGUUCAAGCAGUACCGCUGGCGGAGAUAGAAGCAGGAUAGAUAAUCCACCCUCACAGAGCCGAAGUAACACCUCAUUCAUGUCUGGGCCAUCAAGUGACAGCGGGACCAAGCCGUAUAAGUAUGUGCCUUACAGGAACUCACUGCUCACUAUGGUGCUGAAAGACUCUUUAGGAGGAAAUUGCCUAACGGCAAUGAUUGCGACAAUUUCUAUGGAACCAGAAAACCUUGGUGAAUCAAUUUCCACAUGCCGGUUUGCACAGAGGGUUGCACGCAUAGCCAACAAUGCCAGGAGAAAUGAAGAAGUCGAUGACAAAACUGUGAUCAAGCGACUCAAACACAAGGUUGCUAAUUUGGAGCAUGAAUUGUCGGUUUUAAGAUCAAAGGGAAUGAGUGAGUCAACAAUCACAGAUGAUGACCUUCUCACUGUCCUCACAGAAGAUGACAGGACAACCUGUGCUAAGAUCAUGGAGGGAUUCUUACAAGGCGCCAUUGCAGACCCGGUGGAUGCAGGUAUAUAUGACCAGAGCCGUUUUCGAGAGUGUCUGAAGUUGCUGAAACGCCAGUACCUGCACUCACUGUCAUCGAACUCCCCCCAGCUGCAGACAGCUCAACAGCUACAGCAGCAGCAAUCCAGACAGGUUGUCGUCGACCAUCCCUCUGAGGCAGGCCACCAGUUGCAGCCCAACAACCCUCACAGGGAUAGUGGCGACCAUAACAUGUCGGACGUCACCCAGACUGACUCGUCUAUUCUCUUUAGCCAGCAACGACCUGCGGUUGGUUCUGCCUCACUACUGCAACUUCAAGCCUCAUCAGACGCCAUGCUGUCCAGCGAGGAUCGCACCUUAGGGGCAGUGAACACGUCUGAUGUUGACAAGAAAAGUAAUGAGCAUGACCAGUACGUGGAAACCUGUGGAAAUGACACGAGCAGACCUCAUUACGAUAGGCAGAACACAAAGGAUCACAAGAAGCAUGGGAGCCAGAAGCUGUCACUGUUAGAGCAAGAACAGGCACUGAAACAAGAGCAUCUAGCGCAAAUGAGUCAAGACAUCCUAAUGCAGGAGCUGCUGGCUGCAGAGAAUAAUCUUAGACUGAAGCUGCAGGUGGUCGAGGAGCAGGUGGCAGAGCAGCAUGCGUACGUCACGCAGCUGAGACACAACCAGGUUGAUGUGGCACAGAUCGCCAGGGAGCAGUUGGUGGAGCAGCAUCUGCUGAAACGCCAGGCCAAAUUCCGAGCCAAGCUGAGCAAGCUGUUGGAUAACAAAGCCAAACUUCAGUACACACUUGCCAGCGGUAGGGAGCUCAGCGCUCCAGUCUAUCCGGCUUUCAACCGAUCAUCAGUGGAAGACAAAUUCAACCAGUUCAAACAGGGCAAAGGCUGUCACAACUGGCAGCUGAGUGAUGCGCUCAAGAGCGAGGGGAAUGACCAGUACAAGGAAUCUUCAUCAAAACUGGACAGAGACAGAUUAGCACAGAAGAGCAGGCACCUGGACAAGGAGAUAACUAUACAAGAGAAAAUUAGAGAACAUAAACAAAAACUGAAACAGCAGCAAGAAGGUCCGAUUUUUGAAUUCAACGUAGAGCAUCGUGACAACCCACCUGAGACACAACCAACGCAAAACUCAAGAAGUAUUGACAGCAACAGAUCACAGAGAGGCAGCUCCUGCCCGUGCAGUUGUGUCAAUUCUUAUCUGGAGGGCAGUCUGGUGGUCGAAGCAGAAUCGACUCACAAUGAGAAUAAAACGUGCCCCUCUAACGCAUCCAGUAAGACUGUUCUUCAUUUAAAGGAGCCAUCUUUUCCCGAGGUUACUCGCGCGGCUGAACAGCAAGGAAAGUAUUUUAAGGAAUAUGUGUUUUCGGGGAAUCUAGAUAAAGCUUUUGAUGAUUACAGACAGGGAAAGUACUCUGGCUCGAAAGCAGGGGAAGUAAGUAAGAGGUAUGAAAGUGGUGGUGCCUAUAGUGUGAGAAAUACGAUAUCACCUUACCAGCAUAGUCUGAAUAGUCUGAACAGCCCGGUGUUCCUAACCAAAGGGGAUAUAACGGACAAUGCUACACAAAAGAAUCAGAGUGCUCUGGUGGAUUUUCACCACAUGAACGAGGCCAAGCCCGUGGAAGUGCGGUCAUUUCAUGACCCCCACCACAGCCAUAAGUUUGCAUUAGAUGAUAUGCCAGCCGAAUGCAUGAACCUGAGCAAUCCAAUGACGGGCGUCACUGAUAACAACAAAAACAACUCUUUUCUUCAGCUGGUAAACAAUGGGAAACAUCAGCUGAUGCAGAGCAUUGACUACAAUUGUAACGCUCACUGCUACAACUGUAACUGGACAGACAUGGACACAGAAAAACAAUGUCUUGCUAGUUGCUUUGAGCGCCAAAUUCAGAUGUUUACAGAGGUGUCUUUUGAAACGGUUUUUCACACGUCCAGCCGCAUUUCACUUGAACAGCGGCACCUUUUUCAUGACAAUGGUGAAGUCGUGACCAAACAGCCCGAAAGUGGAGCAGCACCAGAAGUUCAGACUCAGUAUACGAGGAACCAGAAGGGUCCCGCCACUAAACAUAUUUGUCUUCUCGGAAGAACCAGCAAUGAGAUUGCCAAGAAAGCCCUUGAACAGUCAAAUGAAGAACUUAAAGAUUCUGUUAAUUUGUUAAAGUUUGUACCAAACUCAAAUCACAAGAAUAUAAAUUUGCCUGCCUGUUUGCAUGUUCGCAAAUGUGAAGAAAAUGUGAAGACUUCUGGUAAGAAACAGAAUAGAAAUACACCCACACGCGAAUUUCAGUCUGAUCCGAUGGAAAAAAGAAAAGGCAUUGACUUUAAUAUUUAG